AUGUCCAAUGACCAGUACAAGAAUUCCGGCGAGGAAACAAACCUGGCUUCUGUGCAAUCAGUGUCCGGAAAAGACGAGAGCUGCCCCGUGCCCUCGUCUUUCCCCUCUGGCACCAGGUCUUCAGUGUCAUCUGAAGUCCACGACGAGCCUCAAUUCAUGAACGCGAGUCUGAAGUGCAGUGACGGCGUCAUGGCACAGUCCCCAGAUGACAGAGCCCCGUCGUUGCAAAUCCCUGCACUGCGAAGUGAAUCCGCGGAUAACGUCUCGCAAGGUACGCCCACCGGUAGCUCCAGCGAGAAUGGAAACAACGGACCAGUGUGCCGGAUCUGCCAUGGAGGAGACCAAGAAGAAGCGCUCGCGUCCCUUUGCAGAUGCGCUGGAACCAUCGGCUUCGUCCACGUGUCUUGCCUCGAACUGUGGCUUAACGCACAGAAAGUGGACUACUGCGAACUCUGCGGUCAGCGUUUCCCGAUGGAGGCCCAACCUUGCAAUGUGCUUAGAUUUUUCCACUGGAUUUCCCAAAGCAACUGGCAAGUAAAGCGAAUGGUGCUGGGCCACUUGCUUUUCUUAAUCAUGUUGAUAACGCUCUCGGCCGUAUUCUUACUCGUUGUCUACAUGAUAUUGGGGAUGGAAGAUCCCGAGCCGCACUCUCCUUUUGAAAGGGCUUUGGAGGGCUUCGUCUUCGGUACGAUAGCCGCCAUUUUAAGAGGAUUGUACAAACUUGAAUUCGAUAUGCUGGGCUAUACGUACGCUCAUUUCGUUGCGUGGAAGUUGGAGAAUCCGGUGCUCCGGAUCGCACGACUGCAUGCUGAUAGAGCUGUGGAUCUUGCGAAAACAAAGUGA